AUGGCAGAUAAUUAUGAGGGGACUCUGCAGGAUCAAUCCGCUGUAGAAGAGACAGCCAACUUCGUCACUCACCAAUCACGCACCCCGCGACCUACUUCGCCGUCCAAAUCUGCACCAGCGGUGAUGAUACCGCCAGAAACCAACCCAUGGCAGUCUACAGGACCUCAUGUGGCACCAUCAAGCGAAUCAUUACCUCAUGAGCCCCCGGAAGCCCAAUCACAUCACGAAUAUGCGAGUAGUUGGCCCCCAGCGUUGGGGGAUCAAGCUAAUACAAUCGAUCAAACACCUACGACGUCCGACUUCUACGACGACUCGCAGCAACCACCUUGGCGUGCAUUCGCCGCUCGGCCCUGGGACCUUCAUGGCAACCAGCAUAAGGGAGCGGCGCGUGAAUCCCCAGUUGAAUCCACCUCACAAGAGGAUGAGAACGAGAGUUGGCUAUAUGGUGCUCCUGCGACUGAGCCCGUCACAGAUUCGCGAAAUGACAGCCAAGAUCCGCAGACAUAUCAUGAUGUGGAGGAACUCCUGACCCCUGAGAACUUCGCCAAGUACAAACGCUACAGGAGGAGAGAGAAAAGGGCGGGGAGAGGGUGA